GGUCAGUGGUGUAAUCAAUGAGCGCAGAGGCAUGGUCACCGUGGUAGCUGCUACCUCUGCCACCACCACGCCGCACUGCACUGCUGCCGGCCGGUGUUAUUACAUACUAAGCGACAACCCCUCCUCCUGCCAUCGAUCUUUCUCUCUCUCUCUCUCGCCUAUGUCGAGGUAGAACCCUCACAAACCCCUGCCUGCCACUUUCAGAGCGCGAGCUCGAGCUAGCACCCAUGGCGCCGGGCAAGCAGCUUCUCCCUCCUCUGCUUCUGCUGAUGCUCCUCCACCAUCAGCCUGCCGCCGGCGCUUCCGAUCCACCGGUGACCCACGGCGGCAUGCGAGCCAGCACCGCCAGGUCCCUUCUCCAGCAGCAGCAGCAGCAGCAGCCUCCCAGGCUAGACUGCCCCAAGGUGUGCCUGGGGCGGUGCGCCAACAACUGGAGGAACGAGAUGUGCAACGACAAGUGCAACGUCUGCUGCCAGCGCUGCAACUGCGUGCCGCCCGGCACCGGCCAGGACACCCGCCACAUCUGCCCCUGCUACGACCGCAUGACCAACCCGCACAACGGCAAGCUCAAGUGCCCCUAGAGGCCUAGACACAACACUUUGACCCGGAGAAAUCAUGUGUCUUCUGUCAUGCAUCUUCUUUCCACUAGUACGUGCUGUAUGUGAUCUUCACACAGCGCUCUGCCACUGUUCCCACUCUCAGGGAACAAUGCUCUGUGAUCUUAUCAUAGUCAUAGCAUAAAUAAAAAGAGAGAGUUUCUGCC